AGUAGUUGAGGAGGAGGAGGAGGAGGAGGGAAUCCAGAUGGGAAGGAGCAGCAUCGGCGCCGCAGGAAAGAAGGAGAGAGAGGGAGAGAGACUGGAGCAGAAGACACGAAGCCUCAUCUCUGCUCGGAGAUGAAAGACACUUUUAUCACACACUGAACAAUCGGAUCUCACUUGGUGCCGCAAUGUAUUUUGGUAAUGUGUGCCACAGCACUCUGCCGCCGCUGGCUCGUCCCACGCUGGGCAGGACCCAGCCCUCUCCUGACCCGAAAGCCCUCCUCCCCCUCCACCUGCUGCCUGGAUUCACUGACAUGGAUCAUAUACAUAAAGCUCUGAUUGGCCCAGGCUUCGGGCUAACGUCACACUUAAUAAGAAAGCCCAGUUCCUGCGGCGUCUGUCGUCUUAGAUUCAACUCUGAGGCUCAGGCGUCCUCCCAUUAUACCGGCACAAAGCAUGCGAAAAAGCUGUUAGCUCUGGACGCCCCAGAUUCAAAGAUCAGGACCUGUGAACCGGUCUCCAAGGAAACUGCAGUCCUGUUGUCAUCGUGCUCACGGCCCUCCAGCUCUGACACAACAUCAGGAGAGCCUUCAUCGCUGAACCCUACCUCAGAAAUGGCACCAUCAACCAGUGGCUCCACUGAAACUGUGAAAGCACCUUCUGACCCUUCCUUGUCACCCAUUUCAAGGACAACAGAGAAAGAGGCACCAAAAGAUGGAGAGGCAGAAGCUCCAGGAGAGGAGACCGAAGAAGCAAAAGCUAUUCGUCUUCUGUACUGCUCUCUCUGCAAGGUGGCUGUCAACUCAGCCUCCCAGCUUCAGGCCCACAACAGUGGCACCAAGCACAAGACCAUGCUCGAGGCCAGAAGUGGCGAUGGAGCCAUCAAAUCCUUCCCCAGGAUGGGGGUCAAAGGCAAGAUGGCUGCACCAUCUGAGUCAUCGACAGGACUCCAGAAUAAAACUUUCCACUGUGAGAUCUGCGACGUGCACGUCAACUCUGAGACUCAGCUCAAACAGCACAUCAGCAGCAGGAGACACAAGGAUAGAGCGGCAGGUAAACCAGCCAAGCCUAAAUUCAGCCCCUACACCCUCACCCAGCGUCACCAGAGUUUCCAGGCAAUAAGGCUGACUUUACAAAAGAACCAAGAUCUGACCAAGCCUCUGGCGUCUUGUGUCCUCCAGCGUCAGCUCUCUGUUGCCGCCGCUGCUGCCAUGGCAUCUUUGCCCCCAUUCCCUCUCCCACCUGCAUCAAACUCGAACCCCGCCCUGUUUCACAGUCAAUCCCUCCCCCAGGCCCUGCUUCAUCCGGCACCCGGACCCAUCUGCACAACGCACACAUCUGUUCUGUUUUCCCCCUACUGACCCGGCCGAUGUCUCUAUUGCUUCUGAACUACAGCUAAAAGCAGACAUGAGGCCCGAACAAGAUGUGAUAUAAGCCAGUGCCCUUUGUACUUCACAUGCCAACAGACACCAUGGGUGUCACGGACCAGAGUGGGUCAGAUUGAGGUAGCAGAUGGGCGAAAACAGAGUAUUUUGAAAUGUGAGAGAGUGUGUGAAUGCUACCGGGUGCGUGGACAGACGUAUUCAUCACAGAAGUGCAAGUUUUUGCUUUAUAUUGUAGCACUUUUGCUAAUAAUCUUUGACGCAUUAAAGAAAUUCCCUCUCUCGAAAUAUAUAUAUAUAUAUAUGUGUGUGUAUAUAUAUAUAUAUAUAAAACAAAGAUGCAGGAUAGCGAACUUCCAUGAUGAAUAUAUCUGUGUGUGUUUGUACGUGCACACGAAUGCUAUUCAGAGCAUGCUUAAUUAUUACUUUCCAAUUUAAUAAAAAAUUCCUGGGGACGCUCACAUCAAUUGCACAAUGUUCCUACUUUUCUUUCUGUCUGAGGCUUAAUGCAUUCUCACGAGGUUAUUGUGAAAAUGCUCCAAAAAUGUGCAAUUUAUCAAAUAAAUAAGUGCAAUAACGAUUCAAGUUCAUGUCUUUGUCGGAUGGAAAUUUUAAGCAUCAAAAAGAUGAGAGCGUACCCAAGACAAAAAACAUUUGACUUUCUCAUUUCAACUCCUUGUGUACGUGUCUCCGUGUAUGUGCCGGAAUUGUUGACGCAGCCAGGUGUCGCCUCCUCUCCAGAUCAUAAAUCUCAGUAUCUGACUACGACUUAAGCUCAGUUAAUCUCCUUUGAUACUUAGCAGCACACAGAAAAUUUUUCCUAGGUUUUUUUUGUUUCAGGUAAAAAGGACACAUCCAUGGCAGGAUGUCUCCGAAGGCCCCUCCACAUAUCCUCCAGCUUCAAUCUCUGAGAUAAAUCAGUGCAGGAAUGUUACCGAUGUUAUUGUCUGUCUUUCUGAUAAGGUUUACUACACUGCAGCUGCAAGCAAUGUGGUCAGUUUGGUGCACUUAGUAUGGAUACAGUGAGUGUGUGUGUGUGUGCUGCAAGAGUACCCCUCGUCAUAUUUUCUUUCAUCAGACACCAAACUGGAUUAAUUUGUUAGAUGUUUUACUUCUGUCUCCUGCAGUUGCUCCAAAGCAAAUAACCUUACCGGCCAGUUCGGAGAGUUAUCAUCCAAUAUGUCACUGCCUCCUGAUUCUUCCCAUUGUCACGGCAGUUAAUAUUAUUAUAAAUUGCCUGGGUGAUGACUGUGAACAUCUGUGUGGGGGAUGCUCAAUUCUCCACACGCUAUUGGAAUUCAGACCUCCACUGGCCCCCUAACUGCCUGGCUCACUCCCUGGCCAGCCUAAACCGCCUUUUCUCCUUCACCUUUUGCCAUCUUUCUUUGGUUAUCUCACAUGUUCACGUCUAUGUUCUCCACCAGCUUUCUGGCAGGUGCACGUGCACACAUAAACAUAUGUCAACAGUACAAAAGCCUGACUUGGCAUCCAGGGAAUUUUUUAUUCUGUGCUACCUGGAACGACUACAAAAGUACAAUGCAGAGCUAUGCAUGCCAUGUGAAGGCUGCUUGCUGUUCACGUUCAUAAAAAGGCUAUAAUAAGCUCUUGGCGUGUGAACGCAACCUUUUGACACAUUUCAACUCAGUUCAAAUAAGUAAGAACAAAGGAGGUUGUGUAUACAAUGAGUAUGAGUGACAGGAAUCACCAUUCAAGCUUAAAAUACUUACGUUUUUCUUAUUAUUGUAUUAGACCAGAGUUUGUUGAAAGAAGAGAAGCAUACCUUGGUAAAUUCACUGAUUUGCUUCAUAGCCUUUGAAUCAUAGAAGAAGACCAAUCCUACUCUCAUCUCUGUAUGGAGGUGCCAGUAUAGUUGUGUCUCCAUCACACAAUUCACCAUUUUAUGGGGUUAUCGUGGAUGUUUAUCAGGACUCUGUGAAGGGAAAUGUCUCACUUGGCAACAAAAACACACCUUGCACACAACACCUAUUAAACAAAGUGCAGUUUUGACGCUUGAGCUUUUGCAACUCAUUAAACAACUGAGACCAACAAAUGGGCUAAUUGGUGAAGUUUAGAGACACAAGGAUUUAUUUGUGUAACAAAACCAACCGCACAGUCUACAUGAAAGUGGACCUGUUGUUCUCGUUUCUAGCGCCGUAUUUCAAUUCUUGCAUUCAACCAGAGAAACUUUGAUCAAAAAAAAUAAAAAAUAAAAAAUCCUGAUUUGUGUUGUAAAAGCUCUGGAUGCACACACCUCAUUCACCUGCUAUGUCAAACAAAACUUUUUAAGUUCUUAUUACUUUAAGGCCACAGUUUUAAUUGAUUGGCUGCCCCUCUCAGUCAGAAGAUUUAAACAGCAGGUGAGUGUGGUCUCUCUACUCAGAGGGUUAGUUAGCAGCCCUUCUCUAUGACAUCAUGUAGUGCCAAGAGUAAAACAAGAGAUUUAGGGGUGUUGCAGGGAAUACUUACACACACACUGAUCACAUUAUUUAAAAGACUGACCCUGUAACACUACAGAUAUGACUGGCCCACUUGAACAUGGCAUUUUCAGGGAUCUGAAUUUUCUUUUUUUCACCUAUUAUAAAAAAAAGAAUUACGACAGGCCUGUUCAGAGACCUCAUGGUAUUUUACCAGGUGGUUAACAGCAAUCUGUGGGCUUUAAAUCCAGUCAAAGUAUUGCACAUCUAAAGGCUGGCACUCCUACACCACAAGACCUUUGCAAGCUGCCCUGUGGGAGCAAUGUCUCUCCAGCUCGAGUGGGCAGACAAAAGGUGAGCAGGCUGAGAGGGCGCUGCAGCAUAAGCACCAUCUGUCUGGGUCAGCAUACCUCCAUGGCAAUCUAGUGAGCACAAGUUAAAAGUUCAGACAAAGCCUUCAAUUUGGCCUCUUGCUUAAGAUGCAUCUGUGGCUGUUGCAGCCCCAGACAGGAUAUGUUAGGUCCCUGCAAGGCUUUCCGGUCCUGUGGAGGCAGUGCAGCAGUAUGGCAUGGCGCAGCAGAUCAGUAAAGGGAACGGAUGUUGGCUGUGAAGUUAAUGUCUCGGCAGGGUGUUCAAGAGCAGGCUGUAAGGCAUAAUGGCCAAGGUGCAACCCACUGAGAGCUGAUUGUGUGUCUGGGGCCCGGUCCUGCUGUCGUCUGUGUUCAAUGGGAUGUGAGUGUGAAGGAGUGCUGCUGCAGUUAUGUUUGUUAGUAGUGCAGCAGCUGGUUUUGCAUCCAUAGAAGGAAAACUGCUGGAAUCCUUCUGCAUUGCUGAAAGAAAGAAAGAAAGAAAGAAAGAAAGAAAGAAAGAAAGAAAGAAAGAAAGAAAGAAAGAAAGAAAGAAAGAAAGAAAGAGGCCACCUACUCCACCAGUAUCGGAUCAGUCUGAGGCCUAUAAAACAACCUCUACUAAACCUCUACAAAGUUUAAUUUUAGGCUUUGAUUACACAACCUAUGUUAUGAUUUCAUUACCAUAAAUUGUGAUUAUGGCACCAUAAGCACAUUUUCCAUAUUAAAAAAUGGGACUUUGUAUUUUUGGCCCCAGUAGAGGCGAGCUCACAGAUUAGAGUUAAUACUUUUCAUCUGGUAGAAAGGCAGAUGAUGGUUUCAUUGGCCAGUCAGGAUGUCUGGACACGGAUGUAGGAGCUAGAGAUCUGAGUGGACAGAGAUGAGUUUAUGAUCUCUUUAUAACCGUAUUACGUCACAAAAGGUUGACAGACUCCUACUGGCUACUGUUAUACUAAAAAAGGCAACCUAUUCGUGUGUGUUGAUGUCUCGUCUUGCUUUUUAUUAUCUUUAUUGUACCCUAAUUUCACAGUCAGCCACAGCACUCACUCUAUUUUUAUUUUAAUCCCUUCCUCCUAUCCCUUUUCCUCUACCUGUGAUAAUAAGUUUCUCUCCAGGCAGCUGACAUGCGGGUAGCGAGGAGCUGCAUGAAAAGACUGUGUGAUGGAUUUGUCCAUUAAAGCAAGCUGAGCUAAAACCCGCGGAGUCCCUCUGGCUGUCUAUCCGUCUGACUUUAUACGUUUCUCUCUCUUUUUCUUUUGCUCUUUAAUGCAGUCAGACUCUCUAAAAAAAACACACACACGCACAAACACCACUGAGUAUUUCCCCUGCUGUGAGGCAACAGCUGUAACAUUUGCUUUCUUUUAGCAAGAAUAAUACACCUUUUAAGUAAACACCAAUGAGUCACCACAGGACUGUAAGGCUUACACACACUCACUCAGUUCCACCCCAACACUAAAAUGGCAUCAGCUACAUUCUUUCAAAAUAAGUGUAAUUUAUUUUGUUUGUAAUUAAACUUGAUUGCUACAUGUCCUCAUGCAGGUAAUGUUGAAAUAAUCCCGCUUAGAAUUCACAAAGAACCAAACAUUUGUGAGAAAGGUCAGCUAAACGGAGGACUGUUAAUGAUCCAUGGUCUUGUCCAAUAUCAGGUGCCUGUUUACAGCUGAGCCAACUUUUCUGAAGUCAUUUUUUUUAGUGGGUGACAGUGACAACACCCAAACCUUACCAAACCUUCGCUGUAGUCUCGGUUUGCUUGGCUGGCAUCCUCCUCACUUGCAGAAGGUCCAAAUGAAUUAGCUGCAGUGCAAUGCCAGAAAGGUCCAGGUUUCCUCCCCAUCCCAUGCCAAGCAAGACAUCCCCUGUGUGGCUUGGAAAAUUAAAUCAGCUCAUGACUAUGUAAUACCAAGUAAUCCAGUAUUUAUGGAACAUUUAUUGAGCAAAACCUGGGUUAAUGAUGGGUACUUAUGGGUGCAGGGUGACUGUGAGAGAGGCAGAUCUCUAUGUGUGCAUGUGUGUGUGAGAGAGAGACAGUGUGCAUAAAGGUAUGCACUUAUUAUGGGCCUCAUGUCACAGAGAAGAAGACAGGAGUCUGUAUACUGGAAGAGACU